ACAUUUCAGUUUCUCAACUUUUAAUACCUGAACAUUUCAGUUUUAUAGAAUACGUAACACGAGAAGCCUAAAUUACUAGUAGCAGUAGAGUAUCAGAAGUAAAAUGGCAUCAAAUUUUGUACGCAGUUCUGGAGUUCUCACUUUGAACAUCGAUGAUCUGAGGACACUCUUUGAACCCGCCGAAAUCGAUUGCUUGGAGCAAAUGAAACAGGAGGAGACCAGGUUGAAAUCCGAUCGCGAAGUCAUCCAGAAGAAGCUGAACCAACUGCUGCGUCGCAUCAACGACCUGGACGAGGAGGUGGAGAGGGAGGAAAUUACCGAGCUGGAGUUCCAAUCCAUGAAUGCCGUAAGGAUCUUUCUGAACCUGCGCCAUCAGCAGUUGGCGGAGAGACUCGUUCGCGUCGGAACUCAACUGGCCAGGACAAAAAUAGAACUCAAGCGUCGAGAGGUGGCCAUCUAUAAGGACGUCAAGGCCAGGGGAUUGAUAUAAAAAGGUUGUAACAAGCUGAGCAGCAAGACCAUAUUUGUUCUUAACUUGGGAGACUUUAAAAGUACCAUCAGCAAGUGUUCAAGAGAAUUGUUUGCAUGGAAUCUGGCCUUUGCAAAAACCGUACUGAAGUAAAAGGAAAUGACGUGUCUAUCAAGGUGAAAGAAUGUAUCAAAAAUAUUUUUGGAGAACUUUAUAAAAUCUAGUUUAUACACA